AUGAGUUCCGGAGGUGGUAGGGGCAAGCCCAAGGGGACCAAGGCGACAGGCAAGUACGCCGAGCGCGUGGGCGGCGGCGCACCCGUCUACCUCUCCGCGGUCCUUGAGUACCUCGCGGUGGAGGUCCUAGAGCUGGCGGGCAACGCGGCGCGCGACAACAAGAAGAACUGGAUCAUGCCGCGCCACAUCCAGCUCGCUAUGUGCAAUGACGAGGAGCUGAGCAAGCUUCUAGGUGCGGUCACUAUAGCCGGCGGCGGGAUGUUGCCCAACAUCCACCAGACGCUGCUGCCCAAGAAGGCUGACGGCAAGGGUAAGGCUGAGAUCGGCUCUGCCUCGCAGGAGUUCUAG